CUACAUUUCAAUAAUCAACCCACAACAAGGAAAAUUGAAAUGGAAACUUACUAUGCAGAUUUCUUAAAGAAAGAAGAUCACACCGGAAAGUGGCGAGUCUACUGGACGACUCUGAACGCGACCGGGCUGUAUUUUCAAUUGGGAAAAAUGGGGGCAGAACAUGAGAAUUUCCAACAGUUUGUCGAGAUUUCCCCUGGAUCAACGUGUGCUCUGGCAAAACGAAGAAUGUACAGCUUUCGAUUUAAGUUGGAGACCGAUGGAGUAACUUACACCUUCAAAUGUGAUUCGGUAUUCCAGAGAUAUCGCUGGAUGUACAUGAUAGAUUUGGUUGUGAACGGUCGACCACCAGAAGCACCACCAAACACUAUUCCUCGUCCAGUUGUCACUGACUCAAAGCAUAACAACACUAACUCCUUCGACGAGAAAGAUUCCUGCGAUCAAAAUAACGCGAAGCCGAAUAAUUUAAUCUUGAAAUCUUCCAGUUUCACUCAGACAUUUCAAACAUUCAAGCGAUUAGCGAGCUGGCGCAAGAAGAGGAAUAACAGUCUUCCGUCAGCAAGAUGUCUACGCAAGAUAGGAACGAUCUCAACAGGAAAAUAUGAAAAAUUAUCCAAUAUCCAUUGUAGCUUCGAUUUUGCUGAUACUAAGGAUUUAUUUGAUAAACAAUACACGGUAUGA